AUAACAUAAUACACCUCUCACAAUCGAUCAAAAAUAUUGGGAUAAGGAUUAAUGAAAAAUGGACAACAUAAACGUCGACUUGGAGCUACACGAUUUCAUUGCCGACUCAAAUUUCGACCAAUUCAUCGAUUUAAUUCGUGGCGAAAAUGAAGACCCGCUUGUGAAUUUUGGGUGUGACGAUCUUAUCAACGGCUCUAAUAACUUCAUUCACAACAACAAUAACAUUAUUAAUCAUCAUCAUCUUCAUCAUCAUAAUCCUUUAGAUAAUAACAGCAAUCAAGUCUUUGGUUUCAACGCUAAUUCUCCAAUGGUGUCGUUGGACCCCAAUUCAUUGUCGUUUAUUAAUACUACUUUGUUAGUACCGGAAUAUAAUAUUGAUGGGGAUAUCAUGAAUAAUAAUAUGGAUAUGAUGAUUGAAAAUAAUAAUGGUGAUGAGGAUGAUGAUGACGACGAUGAUUCCUCGGGAACGACGACAACAACGACGACAACGCCAAAUGCAUCGUCGAAAAGGCCAAAGGUUGAUCGGUCGAGAACUUUGAUCUCUGAGCGGAGGAGACGAGGUAGGAUGAAAGAAAAGCUCUAUGCUCUACGCUCCUUGGUUCCUAACAUUACUAAGAUGGAUAAGGCGUCCAUAGUUGGAGAUGCAGUACUUUACGUACAGGACCUGCAAACUCAGUCGAAGAAGCUAAAAGCUGAGAUUGCCAGUCUUGAAGCUUCCUUAGAAGAAGUAGAAAGAUAUCAAACAGGGUCAACAACACACAAAUCAAACACCAAUAUCAAAGAUGUCAAAACUAACAAUUCUCUUGCCAAAAUGAAGAUCAUAACUCAGAUGGACAUGUUUCAAGUUGAAGAGAAAGGAUUCUAUGUGAAAGUAGUGUGCAAUAAGGGAGAAAAGGCAGCUAUAUCACUUUACAAAGCUCUUGAAUCCCUUACAAACUUCAAUAUUAAGAGCUCCAACUUGGCCACUGUUUCUGAUACUUUUGUACUCACAUUUACUUUGAACGUACUUAUUAAUAAAGAAUGUCAUGAUCAACGGGAACCCAUGAAUUUGCCAAAUUUGAAGCUUUGGGUUACAGGAGCUUUUAUUAACCAAGGAUUUGAACUCAACACAGCCACACCCUUCUAAAUCAGCUACAUACACAUCUGCUUUUUAUUUAUAUAAAUAAAUAAAAUUUCUAUAUACAUAACGCUCAUCAAUCAUCUCUCUAUUACUUAUCUAACAUUAUGUCCCUUCUUUUCCGGUAUGACAUGAUUAUGAAUAAAUAAUAGGAAAAUUAUUUUAUAUAUUAAAUCUUUUAACUUUUUUUUUUUUUUCAAAUUUACGGUUUGGGUUGUGCGGGUGGUUUCUUCAGUGGUUUCUACGUGGCUUGCUAUGUAGAUUUUGAUUGCGAUUUAGGUUGCUC